AUGGCAUCAGAUAAGGUCAAUAAUUUGGGUACACAGCAGAUUCAUAUAAUAAGCACGUCUACAAUGGAUUUAAAAGAGAAGCAACAACAACAAGCUGUGGACUUUGAUGAAGCAUUAGCACGAUUAGGUUUUGGCAAAUUCAACUAUGGCCUAAUUUUACUCUCAGGCAUUUUAAUUACGACAACAACGUACGAGACAAUUGGCAUAAGCUUUAUAUUUCCCGUGGCUGAAUGUGAUCUCUCGCUUACAACACAACACAAAGGGAUUUUGUCAGGCAUCACAGCGAUUGGAAUCAUUGCAAGUUCACAUUUUUGGGGCUUUUUAGCGGAUCAGAAAGGACGGAAAAGCAUUAUUGUGCCAUCUCUGAUCGUCGCAUUCCUAACGAGUCUCCUUUCAAGCGUUGCAAUUAAUUUCGAAAUGCUCGUCGUUUGCAGAUUUUUUUGUGGAUUUUUUAUUGCUGGAUCAUCUGCAACAAUUUUUGCAUAUUUGAGUGAAUUUCAUAGCUCGAGGAAUCGCUCGAAAGUUUUAAUGGCUGCAUCCUUCAUCUAUGGUGUAUCAUGCAACUAUAUGCCCGCACUUGGAUAUCUUGUACUCAAUCGUACAUUCCACUUUCACAUUCCAUUAUUUGACAUUGAAUAUAAGCCAUGGAGAUUAUAUUUGCUAUUGUGCGGCUUACCGAGUUUAGUUUGUGCAAUCAUUUUGCUUCUCUUCAUUCCGGAAAGUCCAAAAUUUAUUUUCUCAAAGGGUGACGAAGAGGAAACUUUGAACAUUUUAAGGAAAAUUCACAAAAUCAACAAUCCCAAAGAUACAGAAGGUUACAACGUCACGAAAGUCAUUGAAGAUGUAGAAUUUAUUGAUAGCGCCACACGGGAAAUGAAUAAUGUCUCGGAAAAUCCAUUUGUAAUGCUAUGGAAGCAAACUUAUAUUUUAUUCUCAGGAAAUAAUGCAAGGAAAAUGAUAAUUGUAUGUCUCAUGCAAUGCGGACUAUUUGCAUCGUGUCACGGUCUGUACAUGUUCUUCCCACAAAUUGUCGAUCAGCUUGCAUCGUACUCAAAUCAAUUCCCCACUGAACGUUCAACAAUGUGCGAGAUAUUAACAUUAGUAGAGGAAUUAGCGAUGAAUGUGACUGAAAUCGGAAAUAUGACGGACUCAUCAGAACACGUACAGACGUGCUCAGAGACGUAUGAAGUCUCAACGUUCUUUUACUCCCUGAUUUUAGAACUACUCUACAUGUUUGGAUUUCUCGUCAUUACAUUCAUCAUAAAUCGUACGACUAAGCUGAAUGUUUUAUUAGUCAUCCUAUUCGGAUGCAGUAUUAGUGGAUUUGGAACGCUGUUCAGUACAAUUCCGCUGCUGUCUGUCUAUCUUUACGUGAUAUUUAUGGGAUUGCUAUUGGCAGUCAAUAUUGUUAAUUCAGCUACAGUUGAUUUAUUCCCAACGAAUUUACGUGGCAUGGCUAUUAAUAUUUCAAUGAUGUUUGGACGAAUUGGCUCUGUUUUGGGUACGAAUGUCGUUGGAUUCUCACUGGAUCAUUAUUGUACGGAAACAUUUGGAGUGUCAGCUGGAAUUAUGGUGGCUUGCGGUGUAUUAGCAUUCUUUAUUCCGAAAAUUAGAAAAAUUGAUGGAAAGAUUAAGGAUAAGAAGCAGAACAAAAGUUAA